UGAAUGAGUGACGACGAGGACGCGACCACUCUGCAGACGAUUGCGCGUGAUAUUGCGAGGGUCCACUGCUGCCUGAGCGAGGCUAACGUAUGGUGCAACCCCACCGUCAAGCUCGGUGACCUUACCGUUGCUUCGUGGCCUCUCUCAACCGAGACUGCGGGCGCUAUCAUGACCAAGUACCCCGAGCGUGUGCCGGCCAAGGACGUCGCGAUCGACGAUCGCUACUUUGGCGCACUUUUUCAAAACUCGGACAUCCUCGGCGAGCUGGAUCCAGCGCCAGAUCAUUCCAAUUACUUCUCGAUGGCGUACGAAGCGACGCUGGCGCAUUUUGCGAUCGACGUGACCGGCGACGCAACCAAGUUGAAGCCGGCAAAGAAGCGACGGCCUCGCCAUACCUUUGCAACUGUCAUCUACUUCUUCCCGUCCAACUGCGUCGGUGGCGCCGUCACCAUCUCGGACAACGACUGGACGACGACGUUCGAGGCCGUCGACGGGUGCUUUCUCUCGUUCUACAGCACAUGUGACGUGACGGUGGCGCCCAUCACGUCCGGACACCGGGCUUGUGCUGUGUAUCACGCUGCGUACGACAUGGAAGAAUCGGACUGGCGCAGCAAAUUGCCCAAGGCUUGGUACGCGCCGCGGCCGCUGCCGUCGGUCCAAGUCCUCCAAGACGUUGCUUGCCAAUACGAUCCGGAAGACCUCUUGGACGAUCACCGGGGUCGUGCAUAG